UAACCAUAAGAGGAAACCCCAAAUUAAAAUUUACUUCUCAAACGCCAUUUUCACAUUUUCCUCAUCACUUCCAAACUAAAUAAAAUAAAAUUUCCUCUCUUUUAUUUCUGAAAAAUCUAGUAAUUUGGUUGGUUUUCUUGAAUUUCUUCAUUACCUUUCUCCCAUUUGACUCUAUUGUACUUGUUCUUUAGAGCAAGGGCAAAGCUUCAAAACAUUAAUUUUGAAUUUUUUUAAAAUCCUAUUCUUAAGGUUUGAAGUCUCUUUUGAAUUUUUUCUUGAUUUUUUGAGGUAUAAAGAUAUGUUUAAACUGGUUUAGCGCUGAAAUUUGGAUUUUGGAGUUGAAAAAAGUAUGGGUUUUUGAAGAAAAGCUGAGAAAAAAAAAAUUGCAUAAUUUUUUAUUUUUAUUUUUAUUUUAGUUUUGGGGAAAAAGAUCUGUUCUUGCCAUUCUUGGUCAGUAUUUGGGAGGUAAUGGAGACAAGGGAGGGUUUGAAUGGGAGUGAAGUUAGAGUGGUGGGAUCAGAUGUCCCGUCAGACUACCGUGUGUCUCCAAGCCAAGUUGCAGAAGGAUCAGCACAUGCACCACAGCACAUGGGUGUCUCCUCACAUCCGCCGCCGGCCGCCGUCUCCGCCGGAGUAGAUGCCACUACAAUGAAGAAGAAGAGGGGAAGACCAAGAAAGUAUAGCCCUGAUGGGGCGGCCCUGUUUACCCUCCCCCUCUCACCUAAGCCGAUCUCCUCUUCGGCCCCGCUUUCUGUUAUAGACUUCUCCGCCACUGUAAAGCGGGGAAAAGUCCAACCUGUGGGGCCAGUUAGCAAACCCCGCCAGCCCAAGUUGGAUUUUGAUCCUUCAGGUGAAUGGAUAUCUACCUCACUGGGUGCCAACUUUACGCCCCACAUAAUCACAGUCAAUACUGGGGAGGAUGUUACCAUGAAGAUCAUAUCAUUUUCUCAACAACGGCCUCGAGGAAUCUGUGUACUCUCAGCUAAUGGAGUGAUUUCAAGUGUCACACUUCGGCAACCUGAUUCCUCCGGUGGAACGCUUACUUAUGAGGGCCGCUUUGAGAUUCUGUCAUUGACCGGAUCGUUUAUGCCAUCUGAGAUGGGAGGAAUCCGUAACAGAUCAGGUGGGAUGAGUGUUUCUUUAGCAAGCCCUGAUGGACGAGUUGUAGGGGGUGCUGUUGCUGGUAUGUUAGUAGCCGCUGCUCCCAUUCAGAUUGUAGUGGGCAGUUUCGUUGCUGAGAAUCAACUGGAGCAGCAGAACAUCAAGAAACAGAGGCAGGAGAGAGUUGCAGUUGGUGGUUCUGCUCCCAUCCGCAGUCCAGAAACUGAAAACUAUUAUCGCACUUCUGGGAAGCCCGCCUUGUUAUCACCCUCUUCAAUCCAUCUGCACCCGGACUCUAGGAAUAAGCCAACU